GUCACAGGCUUCCACGAUGGCUGUGCAUCGAAAUGGUCUGGUCAGAAUUCUCCUGCUGUCUGUAUUGCUCCUGCUCUCUGUCAGUCCAGCCAUGGGCUAUAAUCGUCUGCCUUACUUUCUCAAUUACUUCUUCGACAACUUCUUCCUGAUCUAUGAAGACACCCCAGUAGGAGCCUCGGUGACCCAGCUGCUGGCCCGGGACCCUGAUAAUGACCCACUGGUGUUUGGGGUGGUGGGGGAGGAGGCUACGCGGUAUUUCGCAGUGGAGAGCAGCACAGGGGUGGUGUGGCUUAGACAGCCCCUAGACAGAGAGAUGAAAUCAGAAUUUCAAGUGGAGUUUUCAGUCAGCGACAAUCAAGGGGUGAUCAAAGGCACAGUGAAUAUCCAGGUGGGGGAUGUGAAUGACAACGCUCCGACUUUCCACAGCCAGCCCUACAGCGUGCGGAUCCCAGAGAACACCCCGGUGGCGACUCCCAUCUUCAUAGUGAAUGCCACGGACCCUGACCAGGGCACGGGGGGCAGUGUGCUCUUCUCCUUCCAGCCCCCCUCCCCGUUCUUUGCCAUCGAUGGGGCCAGAGGCGUGGUGACUAUCAUCCGCCUGCUCGACUACGAGACCACGCAGGGCUACCAGCUCACCGUCAACGCAACCGACCAAGAUAAGACACGGCCACUGUCCACACUGGUAAACCUGGCGAUUACCAUCACAGAUGUGCAGGACAUGGACCCAGUCUUCAUCAACCUGCCCUAUAGCACCAACAUCUAUGAGAACUCCCCUCCCGGAAGCACGGUGCGCAUGAUCACAGCGAUUGACCAGGACAGGGGGAAGCCUCGAGGGAUUGGAUAUACCAUCGUAUCGGGUAAUACCAACAGUAUCUUUGCUCUGGACUACAUCAGUGGGGCGCUCACUCUGAAUGGACAGCUGGACAGGGAAAAUCCUCUCUACACCUCUGGAUUCCUGCUCACUGUCAGGGGAACAGAGCUGAAUGAUGACCGCACCCCCUCAGAAGCCAUGGUAACAACCAGCUUCAACAUCCUGGUCAUCGACGUGAAUGACAACGCGCCACAGUUCAACAGCUCUGAGUACCGAUUGCGCAUCACUGAGCUCGCCCAGGUGGGCUUCGCGCUGCCCCUCUUCAUACAAGUGCAGGACCUGGAUGAGGGACCUAACAGCAUGUUCCAGGUGUUCCUGACUGGGAACAACUCGGACCACUUCAUCAUCUCCCCCACCUCUGUCCAGGGCCAAGCCGACAUUCGCAUCCGUGUGGCUGAACAUCUGGACUUUGAGCGUCUUUCCAGCUACCGCUUCUCAUUGCUGGCGAACGAGACUGCCUCUGAGCAUGCUGGCUUCGCCCGCGUUCAGAUCGACCUCAUCAACGAAAACGAUAACCGACCCAUCUUCACCAAAUCGCUCUACAAUGCCAGCCUGUUUGAAAAUGCCACUGUAGGGACAGCUGUCCUGCAGGUCCUUGCCACAGACGGGGACUUUGGCACCUUCGGAGCGGUCAACUAUUUCUUCAGCGAUGAGCCUGAAAAGUUUUCUAUUGACAAGGACUCCGGUCAGGUGACCCUGAUGGGACGGCUGGAUUUCGAGCUGGCCCAGCGCUACACCCUGACGGUGAUCGCACGGGACGGGGGCGGGGAGGAGACCACCGGCCGCCUGCGGGUCAACGUGCUGGACGUCAAUGACAACCCACCCACCUUCCAGAAAGAGGGGUACCUGGGGUCUGUACGGGAGAACGAGCCCACGACUGUGCAGGUCACUCGACUCCGAGCUACAGAUGAAGACUCCCCACCCAAUAACCAGAUCACCUACACCCUCACCUCAGCAACUACCUUCCAGAGCUACUUCGACAUCUCUGUCAUCGAGGGCUAUGGAGUGAUCAGUGUGACACGCCCCCUGAAUUACGAGCUGGUUCCGGGCGGAAUCAUUUACCUCACCGUCAUGGCAAAGGAUGCUGGGAAUCCGCCCCUGAACAGCACGGUUCCAGUCACCGUUGAGAUCUUUGAUGAAAACGAUAACCCACCCACCUUCAGCCAGCCUUCGUAUGUCAUCACUGUGCCUGAAAACAUCAUCGCAGGUGCCACCGUCCUGUUUGUCAAUGCCACGGAUUUGGACGCGUCUCGUGAGUUCGGGCAGGCGUCUCUCAUCUACUCCCUGGAGGGAUCCUCGCAAUUCCGCCUCAACACUCGCUCAGGUGAGAUCACGACCACCUCGCUGCUGGACAGGGAACAGAAAUCAGAGUACAUCCUGAUUGUCCGAGCCGUUGAUGGAGGGGUCGGGCCCACCCAGAAAACCGGCAUUGCCACGGUUAACAUCACAUUGUUGGACAUCAAUGACAACCCCCCAGCGUGGAGAGAUGAGCCCUAUAAAGUGAAUGUUGUGGAAAUGUCUCCGAUUGACACUGAUGUUGUGACAGUUCUGGCUGUGGAUCCAGACCGUGCUGAGAACGGCUCUGUGGUGUACAGCAUCAGCCCGUCCAACAGAUUCUACACGAUCAACAGCACCAGCGGAAAGAUCCGCACCACAGGGGCCAUGCUGGACCGAGAGAGCAGGACAGCGGGGGACCUGGAGCUCAUGAGGAGGAUCGUGGUGUCUGCCAGGGACUGCGGGACUCCCCCACUGUACGCCACAGCCAGCACCACCGUCCAGGUGAAUCUAUUGGACUUGAACGACAAUGAUCCCGCCUUCCAGAACCUGCCAUUCAUUACCGAGGUGCCAGAGGGUCUGCCCAUUGGCUCUUCUGUCUACCAGGUGUCUGUGCUGGACCCCGACGAAGCAGACAAUGGGCUGGUCAGUUUUCUGAUGCAGGUGGGGAUGCCGCGGAUGGACUUUGUGAUCAACGGCUCGACUGGUCUGGUGACCUCCACCGUGGUGCUGGACCGGGAGCGCACUGCCGAGUAUUACCUGCGCGUGGUGUCGAGGGACGCGGGGCAGUUCCCACGCAGCUCCACCAGCACUCUCACCAUCAGAGUACUGGAUGUGAACGAUGAGACCCCCACCUUCAUCCCCUCCGUCUACAAUGUGACCCUGCUGGAGAGCGUCCCUCGAGACCACACUGUGACCCAGCUGAGCUGUACAGAUGGGGAUGCGGGGCUCAACGCAGAGCUGAGCUACUUCAUCACAGACGGGAAUCAGGACGGAAAGUUCAGUGUUGGUUUCAGGGAUGGGGUUGUUCAGACAGUGGUCAGUUUGGACCGAGAGACCCAGGCCUCUUAUUCCCUCAUUAUAGAGGCUAUAGACAAUGGUCCUGCGGGGAGCAGGCACACUGGCACUGCCACUGUGAACAUCAUUGUGCAGGAUGUCAACGACAACCGACCCAUCUUCCUACAGAACAGCUACGAGACCAGCGUGCUGGAGACCAUACCAGAAUCAACCAGUAUAGUGCAGGUCCAAGCCACUGAUGCAGAUGAAGGAGAGAAUGGGAGAGUCCUGUACAGAAUUCUGUCUGGCAACGGCAACAGCAUGUUCCGUAUCCAGAGUGGGACGGGUCUGAUCUCCAGGGGACAGCUCCCCCUGGAUCGGGAGGCCGGCGCUUCACACAUGCUGGAGGUGGAGGCAUACAAUAGUGACCUGGGCAGCAUGCGGAGCACAGUGCGGGUGAUUGUGUAUGUGGAAGAUGCCAACGACGAAGCGCCCGUCUUCACCCAGCAGCAGUACAACCGACUGGGGCUGAGAGAGACCGCAGGCAUCGGGACAUCCGUCAUUGUGGUCCGAGCCACGGACAGAGACACAGGGGACGGCGGAGCGGUGGCGUACAGCAUCGUGUCGGGGGCGGACAAUAAGUUUGAGAUUGACGUGAGCACAGGGCUGGUGACCACGCUCGAUUACCUGGACUACGAGACGAAGACCAGUUACCUGAUGAACGUGUCGGCCACAGACCAGGCGCCCCCCUUCCACCGCGGCUUCUGCAGCGUGUACGUGACCCUGCUGAACGAACUGGACGAGGCCGUGGCCUUCUCCUCCCUCGCGUACGAGACCGCACUGCCCGAGAACAUCGCCACGGGGACCGAGGUGGUGCAGGUGCAGGCACACUCCGCCGACAACCUCAACCAGAUCACCUACCGCUUCGACCCCGACACCGCCCCCCCCGCGCUGGCGCUCUUCAGGAUCGACAGCGUCACUGGUCGGAUCACAGUGACUGGGCUGCUGGAUCGGGAGAAGGGGGAUUUCUAUAUGCUCACUGUGGUGGCUGACGAUGGGGGGCCCAAGAAAGACUCCACCGUGGUGUCCAUCACCAUUCUGGAUGAGAAUGACAACAGCCCGGAGUUCGACAUCACUUCUGAUUUGUCGGUGGACGUUCGAGAGGACACACCCCCUGGAAGGAGGGUGGCGGUCGUGCUGGGGAGAGACAGAGAUGCUGGGAGGAACGGACUGGUGAACUUCACCCUAGUGGCAGGAAAUGUCAAGGAGGCCUUUGAGAUUCGCACCAUCAACAACACGUACGGAGAGGUGUACAUCGUGAGACCACUGGACAGGGAGGCCAUCGACCGGUACCUGCUCACUGUGCGCGCGACGGACAAUGGCUCCCCUCCUCGGCGGACUGACAGCGGGCUGACCAUCAACGUUCUGGACGUGAACGACAACCCUCCAGUGAUCCAGAACCCAGGAAGAUAUAAUGUCAGCAUCAACGAGAAUGUGGGAGGAGGCACGGCUGUCAUGCGUGUUCAGGCUACGGACCGGGACAUCGGUUCAAACGGCAUGCUGUCGUACUACAUCACCCAGGGCAACGAGGACCUGACCUUCCGCAUGGACAGGGUCACUGGGGAGGUCGUGACCCGACCGUCACCCCCAGACCGGGAGAGGCAGCAGUUCUACCAGCUCUCCGUCACUGUAGAGGACGACGGCACCCCAGCACUGUCGGCCACCACCACCGUUUUCGUGACCAUCCUGGAUGAGAAUGACAAUGCCCCAGUCUUUAAGCAGCUGGUCUAUGAAGCCACGUUCCGAGAGGGUCCCAACACGGCCAACUCUGUCAUGCUGACAGUCAGUGCCACGGACCGAGACCAGGGGCUCAACGGGACCGUCCUGUAUCACAUAGCGGAGGGGAAUGUGGACAGCACCUUUUACAUCAACAGGACCACAGGAACCGUGGUCACACUGAGAGAGCUGGACUACGAGGUCAGCCAUGGACGCUACACCCUCAUCAUCACCGCCACUGACCAGUGUCCGUACCCUUCACUGAGACUGCAGUCCAGCGCCACGGUGCUGGUUAACGUGAUAGACAUCAAUGACGUGACGCCAACCUUCCCACACUCCUUCGAGGGGCCCUUUGACAUCACUGAGGGCCAGCCGGGCCCCCGGGUGUGGACCCUGCGAGCUCAGGACGAAGACUCGGGGCCCAACGGGCAGGUGGAGUACAGCAUCAUGUCUGGAGAUCCCCAGAAUGAGUUUGUGAUCUCCCCGGUGGAGGGGGAGCUGCGUGUGCACAGGGACGUGGAGCUGGACCGUGAGAACAUUGCCUUCUACAACAUCACAGUGCAGGCAAAGGACCUGGGCGUGCCCCCACGCAGCAGCACGGUGCUGGUGAGCGUGCGGGUGCUGGAUAUCAACGACAAUGACCCGAUACUGCUGAACCUGCCCAUGAACACGAGUGUCAGCGAGGGUGCCCCCGUCUCCACCUCGGUCACCCGCGUGCUGGCCUUCGAUGGGGACAGCGGCCGCAAUGCUCUGCUGACCUUCAACAUCACAGCCGGAAACACAGACAACGCCUUCUACAUCAAUGAGACGACAGGGGUGGUUUUGGUGAACCGGCCUCUUGACCGGGAGCGAGUGUCCGAGUACAGACUGACCGUCACCGUAAAGGAUAACCCAGAGAACCCGCGCAUCGCUCGCAGGGACUCUGACUCUCUGCUGAUCUCUGUCUCCGAUGAGAAUGACAAUCGCCCACUCUUCACCGAGCCCAGCUACCGAGCCCAGAUCUCUGAGAACUCCCCCGCAGGCACUCCAGUCUUGGUGCUGAAUGGUCCCAUCCUGGCUCAGGACAAUGACCUGGGCCCCAAUGCAAUGGUUACCUACCGGCUGCUGGGGUCAAGACUGGACCUCUUCACUGUGGACAGCAGGAGAGGCGUGGUGUCUGUCCGGGGGGGAGCGGUUCUGGACCGGGAGGCCCUCUCAGACCCCAGGCUGGAGCUGCUUCUGGUUGCAGAGGAUGUAGGCCAGCUGAACAGCUCAGUCUCUCUGAGCAUCACGGUUCUGGACGAGAAUGAUAACCGACCCAUCUUCAACCCGGCCAUACUGAGUGUGAGGCUGCAGGAGAACAGCCCGGCUGGUGUGGUGGUCACCCAGGUGUCGGCGAGUGAUGCGGACUCGGGUGCGAAUGGCUGGCUGACGUACCGCAUCGAGGGCGGGGCCCAGGACCGCUUUGUGAUGGACGCCAGCUCGGGGGCACUGCUGGUGGGCAACGCCAUGCUGGACCGCGAGGAGCGUGACUCGUACCGGCUGAUCGUGGUGGCAUCAGACCACGGCACCCCCCCCUUGUCAGGCACCGCCACCCUGUCUGUGGUGCUGGAGGACCUGAACGACUCGCAGCCUGAGUUCCUUAUCCCCGUCCAGACCGUCAACAUCAAUGAGUCCACCCCGCCAGGGGCCGUCAUCACCCAGGUGACUGCCACCGACCUCGACCUCCGACCCCGGCUGGAAUAUUACAUCAUUGAGAUCCAAGCCAGGGACGACACCAACUCCCUUGUGGCAGGCCAGCAGGACGUGUUCGGCAUCGACCUCCACUCCGGCGCAGUGUUUGUCAGGACUCCACUGAACAGAGAGCUGGUUGCUACGUUCGACAUCACUGUCUCCGUUCACGACAACGCCAGUGAUGUAAUCGAACAGUCUGUCAGUGUUCCAAAUGCCCGAUUGAUGGUGAACGUUCUGGAUGUAAACGACAACACCCCGAGGUUCCGUCCCUUCGGUGUGACCAACUUCACAGAGAGGAUCCUGGAGGGGGCUCGUCCCGGGACCACUCUCAUCUCCGUCUCGGCUGUCGACCCGGACAAAGGUCCCAACGGGCAGGUCACCUACCAGCUGCUGAACCUGCCCCUUGGGGGGUACGUGAGGCCCGAGGACCCCAGCACAGGGAAGAUCAUAGCGAACCGGACGGUGGACUUCGAGCAGGUUCAGUGGCUGAACUUCACGGUGCGAGCUCAGGACCAGGGCGCUCCCCCGCGUUUUGCAGACCUGCCCGUCUUUCUGCAGAUUAUUGACAUCAACGAUAACAACCCCGUCUUCAGCCAGCCGUCCUACCAGAAAUCUGUGUUUGAAGACAUAGCUUUGGGAACGGUCAUCCUGCGGGUCAGUGCUACGGACGCAGACUCGGGUCGCUUCGCUCUGAUCGAAUACGGGCUAGUCGAUGGAGAAGGCUGUUUCGGAAUGAAUCCCUCGACGGGGGACAUUUACAUUCUGUCUCCACUGGACCGCGAGAAGAAAGAUCACUACACCCUGACCGCUGUGGCCAAGGAUAACCCUGGGGACAGUGCCAGCAACCAGAGAGAGAACUCAGUGCAGGUGUUGGUGACUGUCCUGGAUGUGAAUGAUUUCCGACCCCAGUUCUCAAAGCGUCUCUACAGCACCAGCGUGUUUGAGAACGAGCCCGGGGGGACCUCCAUCAUCACCAUGUCAGCCACUGACCUGGACGAGGGGGACAAUGGAGUGGUCACCUACUCACUGCAGGGGCCUGGCGCUGAGGCGUUCUUGAUGGACCCGGACUCUGGCCUGGUCCGGUCUCAGCGGCUCUUGCAGUCCUUCGAGCAUUUCAACCUGACAGUUGUGGGGACGGACCGGGGGCUUCCCCCCCUGUGGGGCACCACGUCUCUGCAGGUCGAUGUCAUUGAUGUGAACGACAACCGACCCGUCUUCGUGCGGCCUGCCAACGGAACCAUCUUGCACAUCCUGGAGGAACAGCCCCCGGGUCUGGUUGUGUACGAGGUCUUUGCGACGGACCGUGAUGAGGGUGUGAACGGGGAGGUCCGAUACUCCUUCCUGCAGACGGGGGCCGGCAGCAAGGACUGGGAGAACUUCAGCAUCGACCCUGUCAGCGGGGUCAUCACCACUGCCGUCCGGCUGGACCGAGAAAAGCAGGCACUGCACAACUUGAUUAUAGUGGCCUAUGACCUGGGUCAGCCGGUGCCCUAUGAGACCACACAGCCCCUCCAGGUGGCGCUCACAGAUAUCGAUGACAAUGAGCCAGUGUUCCUCAAGCCCCCGAGAGGCAGUCUCCCCUACCAGGCUCUGUUUGUCCCAGAGCACUCCAGUCCUGGGGUGGUGGUGGGGAAUGUGACGGGGGCUGUGGACGCAGACGAUGGCUCCAACGCGGUCGUCUACUAUUUCAUCGCAGGAGGCGAUGGCAGGAAUAACUUCCAGCUGACCCGCGACGGGGUGCUGAGGGUCACGAAGGACAUGGACCGCGAGGUCACGCCCUUCUACUCCUUCAUCGUCAAGGCAUCCAGCAACCGCAGCUGGAGCCCGCCGCGAGGUCAGAGGUCAUCAAGGCAGCGCGCCCUGAACCCCAGCACUGACCCCACGCUGCAGGAGGUGCGAGUCUUCCUGGAGGAUAUCAACGACCAGAGCCCCGUGUUCCUCAAGCCAGAGUACACCGCAGGUGUGGCGGCCAAUGCGAAGGUGGGCUCUGAUCUGAUCCAGGUGCAGGCUGUGGAUACUGACAUGGGGAACAACAGCCUGGUCCUCUACCGCAUCCUAGCCAUCCGCUACUUCAAACUGCAGUCCAACGACUCCGAGGACGUGGGCAAUGUCUUCAUCAUCGGUGAGACGGAUGGAAUUGUGCGCACCUUUGACCUCUUCACAGCAUACAAGCCAGGGUAUUUCGUGGUGGACGUGCUAGCGAGCGAUCUGGCGGGACACAGCGACACAACCACCCUCGGGAUCUACAUCCUGCGUGAUGACCAGCGUGUGAAGAUCGUCAUCAACGAGAUCCCUGAGCAAGUACGCCAGUUCCAGGAGGAGUUUAUCAACCUGCUGUCCAACAUCACCGGGGCCAUCGUCAACACGGACGACGUGCAGUUCCACGUGGAUAAAAAGGGGCGCGUGAACUUCGCUCAGACUGAUAUGCUCGUCCACGUGGUCAACAAGCAGACCAAUCGCAUUCUGGACGUGGAACGGGUAAUCCAGAUGAUUGACGACAACAUGGAGCAGCUCCGGAAUCUCUUCCGGAAUUACAACGUGCUGGACGUGCAGCCCGCCGUGUCCGGGAGAGCCCCAGAUGACCUCACCGCGCUACAGAUGGCAAUCAUUAUCCUGGCUGUGCUGCUGUUCCUGGCUGCCAUGCUCUUCAUCUUCAUGAACUGGUAUUACCGCACAAUACACAAAAGGAAGCUAAAGGCAAUCGUAUCUGGCUCUACAGGCAACCAAGGAUUCAUGGACAUCUUAGACAUGCCCAACACCAACAAGUACUCCUUCGAAGGGGCAAACCCGGUGUGGCUGGACCCGUACUGCCGCAACCUGGAGCUGACCGCGCAGGCAGAGCAUGAGGACGACCUGCCCGAGAACCUGAGUGACAUCACCGACCUGUGGAACAGCCCCGCCCGCACACACGGCACAUUUGGUCGAGAGCCACAGGUGUCCAAGCCUGAGGAUGACCGUUACCUGCGUGCAGCAAUCCAGGAGUAUGACAACAUCGCCAAAUUGGGCCAGAUCAUGAGAGAGGGGCCCAUCAAGGGUUCGCUGCUGAAUGUCAUCCUGGACGAUUAUCUGAGGCUGAAAAAGCUGUUCGCAGCAAGACUGGUCACCAAAUCAACCAGCAAUGGAGACCAGUCCUCUGUGACUGAGCUGAUCCAGAGCGACCUGGAUGAGGACGAGCAGCAGGAACGCAGUCCUGGCCGUGGAGGGACACUGCGCUUCAAACACAAGCUCCCCGUGGAGUUCAAGGGUCCCGACGGGAUCCACACCGUCCACGGCAGCACGGGCACCCUGCUCACCUCCGACCUCAACAGCCUGCCCGAGGAUGACCAGAAGGUGCUGGUGAGGUCCCUGGAGGCCCUGCACAGCGAGAGCGGGCCCUACAGCGAGCGCAAUGCGCGCACAGAGUCCGCCAAGUCAACCCCGCUGCACAAAGCCAAGGAGGGGAUCUCUGGGAGCCCCCUGGAGAUCACGGAGCUAUGACUAGCGGAGGCCUCGCUGGUUUGAUAGGACGGGGGACCCUCCGGCUAGGGGGGUCCAGGACAGUAGGGUUUGUGUGCGGUUCGUGGGAGGGUAAGUUUAAAAAAAAAUGGGGUUGGCACGUGGAGCUAUUGUUGAGAGAAAGCCUGUUGGACGUUUGUGACGGAAAUGCACAUUUCUUAACGCUAGCAGGCAAACUGUUAAGACGACAACACAAACGCUUCCAUGUGCAAACCAGAGAACGAUACUUCAACUAGACUGUGCACAACCAAUCAAACCAGCAAGAGGCCAAACUUAGUUAUUUUAAUUAAUAUUAAGGGUGAACGAGAAUCCCCAAUAGGGGAAGAACCCAUCGAAAAUAGGACAGAUCUCGAGGCAGCAAAUAUAUAAGAUAUCGCUUUGGAGAAAACAUUCAGAAUGGAAAAGACUGACAAGCACAAAUAUAGUGACCAACAAUAAGACCUGAAUAAGCUUCUUUCCAGAGGCUUGAGAAUACGAUUUUAAGAGUCGUUGCCUCCAGCUGCAGUAAAGAGCAGUCCUGAGUUUAUUUUUAUGGGACCUGGUUUUCAGUGCAGGGAUUAAACGCAGAACUGCAAAUCUGGAUUGCCGUGCUUGGUAGGAAAAAGUUGUCUAUACUAAAGAUUAUGGUUUAAUAAAACUGGGCUUGACUGUUGCAACACCCAGUAGUUGUUGGACCUUGAUGCUAUGAGAAGAUCAACUUGAGAUCAAGCAAUUUUAUUUGACUAUCUCUGCAUACAUUUAAGAAUAAUGAAGCAUUUUUAUCCAAAUCUCAUCGCGACAUAAGGACAGUUAUUCUCCUCACCACCAUUUCUUUUGGUAAUUUCUAUUUAUUUAUUUUUAAAUAAGCUAUAUUUAAAAGACCAAAACAGAGAUUUAAUUUUU